AUGGGCUGGGCGUCUACUCAAACCGCGGCAUUCUUCCCCGCCGUUGCGACCGACCUCGUCCUUGAGGCAUGCCCGACUCCCUCUCCUGGGCCCGGCGAAGUCUUGAUCCGCAACCAUGCCAUCGCCAUAAACCCUGUCGACUGGAAGCGACAAGCUUGGGGUUUUAUGAUACCUUCUUAUCCAGCAAUCCUCGGCUCGGAUAUCGCCGGCAUCGUCGCCGAGGUAGGGGAAUCGGUGACGGCCGUCAAGCCUGGCGACCGCGUCCUUGGGCUCGCCCACGGCUUCCCUCCUCGACGGCCAUUAUGUUUCGUACCGGCCGCCACGGUGCCCAUCGCCGCGGCCACCGCGGUCGUGGCCCUCUACGACGUGCUCGGCCUGCCCCAACCUUCUCCCGACAAGGCCCCAAACUCCUCGGCCUCCUCCAUCCUGGUCUGGGGCGCCUCUUCCGCCGUCGGUUCCAUAGUCGUCCAGCUCGCCCGUCUGUCCGGCCUGACCGUCUUCGCCGCGGCAAGCGAGCGCCACCACGCCCACCUGCGCUCGCUCGGCGCCAGUGUCGUGGUCGACUACCACUCGCCCACUGCUGUCGCCGACCUCGUUGCUGCUGCCAAGAAGGCCGGGAAAGAGAUCGAGUACGCUGUCGAUGCCAUCUGCGAGCCGGACACGAUCAAGCCGACCGUAGAGGUACUAUCCGCAUCCACUGCAGCCACGAAGAAGGUGGUGCACACGUUGGACUGGCCCGCGGGUGUUCCUCAGCCGGAGGGCAUUCAGAACCAGCAACUUUGUCACGAGGCCCUGCCGAAGUGGCUUGAGACUGGUGCCAUUGUGCCACUUCAGCACAGGGUCAUCGAAGGAGGGCUGGGCGGUAUUCAGAACGCCAUGGACCAGGUGAAGAAGGGUAUUAGCGGAGAGAAGCUCGUGGUCGAGCUUUGA